AUGCUGCGGCUGAGUGCAGAAAGUCCCCUAGACCCCUCAAGGGACAUCGGCUCCACAGCACAUAAGAUAAUGUCAGUGCGUGCUGCGUGGCGGCGGGCGUAUUUGUCGCUGGCUUCUCGCCUGACAUCUGAGGUGCGGCGUGGUCCCCAAGAAGCCGACAGCAGCAGCAGAGCUGCAGCGGGAUCACCAUCAUAUGCUGCUGCAUCGCAGCAGCAAAAGCCUCUCUUGAGUUGUUUUUUUGGGGAUUCAUGGCCGGACCUGCCGGCAGCGAACAGCAGCAGCAGCAGCAGCAGCAGCAGCAAGAAGAACAGCAGCAGCAGCAGCAGCAGCAGCAGUGAAGGUAUCGCCAGCCUGCGGCCCGGCAUCCUGGUGACGAAAGCUGUUCAAGAGGAAACCGAUGAAGCGGUGCAGCAGCUGCUGGAUGCCGCCAAGCGAAUACAGAAAGCAGCAGAAAAAAGAAAUAAUUUUGCUGCAGCAAAUCACAAAACUUUUGUUGAAUUGACAGAUGAAGAUGAUGAUGAUAAUGAUGAUGAUGAUGAAAUAAAUAGCAGCAACGAGAAACACUCAGAUACGAGCUCGUGCAGCGACGAGCCAACCGGGCUGCAGAAAUUCCCGUGGCUAAGAAAACAGCAGCAGCAGCAGCAGCAGCAGCAGCAGCAGCAGCAGCGGGAGCGAGCCAACCGGGCUGCAGAAAUUCCCGUGGCUAAGAAAACAGCAGCAGCAGCAGCAGCAGCAGCAGCAGCGGGAGCGGGAGAAGAAGAAGAAACACAAAGAAGGAAGAAAGAAACAAAAGACUUCACGGAAAGGCAACACUCCAGCGACGACGACUCCAGUGUAGUUGAAGUGCAGCAGCAACAGCACCAGGAGCAGCAGCUGCUGCUGCAGCAGCAGCGAAAGCAGCAGGCACGAGAGGCAAACAGGCAAAAACGGAAAAAACGAAAACAACUCCAAGCGAGCAGACUAAGAGAGAAAUUGCGAAAGUGUGAAUAG